CUAGAACAUCAUCAAUUCACUUAGCGCUGGGAACGGAGUUGGGCCGGAGAUAGUCAUGUUUUGGACUUCGGCUUCUCCUUGUGCUCUUUCUCACCCACCACGACCGACAGCUCCAUGUUCCCCGUUCUCGCUUUCCUGACUCCCCUGCUUUUCGGUGCCGCAGCUUCCGGGCAAGGGGUCGCGACGAAUGCUACCUGUAAUGCUGCCUCCCUUCAGUGGGUUCGUUGGUCUGAAUCGGACUCCCGGGUGGCAAGCGCUGAUUGCACCUCUCCUCCGAUCGACUCGUCCAGGCUUUCAAUUCUCGUCUGCAGAGUCCGUGUGUGGUUGCAGCGUACCUCGGGGGAGUAUGCGAUAAUGGAUGUCCGUGCUCGCAGCGUGUCAUUCCAGAAGACUGGGUCAUCCUCAUGCAUCCUGCUUCUUUCCAGUGUUCACCGUUCCGGCCUUAGGACCAAGUCAAGAAUACCUUGGCCCAACUGUUGCCCAGGCGAACCAAUGCAUUUGCAGCUCGGUCAUGUACUCGGUUCUGAGUGCGUGUGCUGGAUGCCAAGGCCGCGAUGUAUUGCGCUUGUAUGCAGAUGGUCCAUCUUUUCCCAGAACUGCACCACAACCUACAUUUCACGGUUCCCCGAGGCCAUCCCAUCAAACACAGCCGUCCCCCAUUGGGCAUAUCAAAAUGUCACCAUCUUCGAUGGAUUCAAUGCCACUGCGGCUCAAACGCAACUCAAUGCACCCGAAUCGACCGCUGGCGGGCAAGCAACGUCUACCGGCAUCCCCUCUGGACUUCCCUCCAGCCAUCCCAUUGAACCUGUUUCUGGUGGCAAGAAAGCCAACGCGGGUGCAAUCGCCGGUGGGGUCGUUGGUGGGGUCGUCGGCGCUGCUUUGAUAUUCGUAGUCGCAUUUCUUCUUGUCCGCCGACGGAAACACAGCGAUCCCCCGUCCAGGCUUGUCACCAGUGCGCCCGUGAGCAUGAGUUAUGCUGGCGAUCAUAUCACGCCUUUCACUGGAGGGUUGCCCGCAGCGAAACUCUAUAAUCCCGAUGAUCCGAGCACGUUCCCGUCGUCCAUUGUCAAACCAUUGUCCUCCUUUUCGGGCGCGCUUUGGAGGACUUAUAAAAAGCGCGUUGCCGCCGAUAAUUUACGUGCCUCCCCAGCCUCAUUCGAAGCCGGUGACCACGACGAGCGCCACGGAACAGCCGCGGAGUCUGACGUAGAAAUCGACUCGGACGACGACGAUCCUGCCGCGACUCGCGCAGCCAACUUCAACGAGAAGAACUCGCACACGCCCCGCAAGUGUCUUCCCUCGAACCACACGAUGUACAACUCGGCCGAGCUCAACAAGCAGGACUCCCCCAUCGCCCUCCAUGAUUGGAUGGAGAUGGUCGAGGACAGCGCUCACAACCAUGGCAUCGAGCCCGUUGAGGAGUUUCUGGCCAAUCUUAUGGGCCCCGGCGGGCCGACGAAAGAGUCUGCGGUGAAGCGGGCGACGACGAAAGCAGUCCAAGCCGGUGCGGCUGGACUGGAGAAAGCGAAGGAGCUUUACGCGUCUCCCAAGUUUGUCAGCGCCAGACAGGGGCAGAAGAAGAAACGUUAUGAGGCGGACAUGGAGGGUCCGAUCCGCGAUUAUCUGGCCGGCGUUGUGUCUUCGUUCUCCGAGUCGAAGAGACCCGAGGUUGCCGUCACUGCCAGAAAGACUUUCACCUCAGUCGACAAAUGUCACGUCACUCGACCCGAUAUCAGCCUGGGCAAGCCCGGUCUCAAAAUCAAUGAGCAAGAGUGGAAAUGGUCGAACACGCUGGUCACUGUGCAGCUCAAAUUCCACGAUCGGAUUCACGAGGACGACGGGACGCUGGGGACAAGUGAUAGUGCCCUGCAUGCGCUCGUCCAGCUCGCCAAGGAUGCACGGCAUCUCAUGAUGUCCUCCGACCGGUGCUUCGUCUUCGUCGUCGCGAUCUCAUUCGACACGGCGACACUGUUCCGCUUCGACACCGAGGGGUUCUUUACAAGCAAGCCUUUCAAUUGGCUCGAGAACCCGAGAUAUCUGCCCGAGUUCCUGUACCGGAUCUACCACCCCAGCGCGGGCCAUCCCCAAGCGACGCUGGGCGAGGACGAUACGAUCACGUUCACCGACAAGGCGACGAAGAGGCGGAUCUGGGCGGCGCUGGAGACCGAGGGCGACCACGUCGCUGCAUUCAAGGACGAAGAAACGGCGGUCGGGCGCAGCUUCUGUUUGACUGCCGCCGUCUUCGGCGAGGUGGAUGGGGAACGGGUGCUGGUCCCGGUCAAAUGCCACACGAUCGGCGAGCCGCUUUGGCACUCGCAUGGGCUGUUCGGGCGAGCCACGAAGGUGUUCCGCGUCAUGAUCGACAAGGAUCUCGAAGCAUACGAGCAGAGCUUGGGUGGCGACGAUCCGCUGCCGUGUCCGCAGCUCUACGCGCUGAAGGACUCCUGGAGGCAGGGCUGCCGUCGUCCCGAGGUCGAUUAUUACGAUCUGAUCGAGCUUUUCCGCAAGUCGGAGAAGGGCCAGGCUUUCAUCAAGCAACACAAGCUCGACGAGUCUGCUAUGGCGCGGUGCAUUGGGAGCCUCGAUCUCUCCGAUACGGUCAAAGACUUUCGCUUCAAGGAUGGAACAGGACCUGACUGGGACACUGCUCGACACAAGACCACGUCGGAGGCUGGAGACGGGCUUCACCGUUAUCAUACCCGGACGCUCCUGACGCCGGUGGGGACCCGGCUGGACCGAUUCACGAGCACGUGGGCUCUGGUCACGGCUGUUUACCAUGCGGCAUGCCAUCUGUUCAUUGCGUUCGAGGCCGGGGUGCUGCAUCGGGACGUCAGCGAGGGGAACAUCAUGUUUGCGGAAAUGAUUGGUCUCAAGACGCCUCGAGGAUUCCUUGUCGACUGGGACUACGCAGAGUUCACGGAAAAGGGGCUCGAGGCUUUCAAGAAGAACUUUGGAUCGCGACUGCACAGUGAGCAGUAUGAUUCUGUGGACAAGAGUUUGAAGCACAUCACGGGCACCUGGCCGUUUCUUGCCAUCGAAGUGAUGCAACACAGCCUCGGACAGCGUAAAAAUUUCAAGCACGGGUCGCAUCAUGAUCUCGAAAGUCUUUUCUGGCUUCUAUACUGGAUGGGUGUUCGACACACCAAGCAUCAUCUGCCGGCUGGCGACAGGGCCUGCACGGAGCUAUUUGAUUCUCGGGCUCCUGAGACGAAGAAGGGCACGAUAGCGGACACCGCGAAGUUCAGUCUGGACGGGAGAAAUGGCUUCCAUGUCAUUGUCAAUUUCAUUCGCCGCGACGUUUUCCAGCAAAACUUGGAGCCGCAACCGGAAAUUGAUCACAAGAGCGAUAAUCUGACAAUGAUUCGUCGGUUGAUGACACAUGAGGCCACGCUCAAAGACUUUCGGGUCGCUCUUGAUCGAUUGACCUACAACUGGCAUGAGAACGACGGCGCCCUGCAAGUCGUCGUCAACAAUGCUUCUCAGCACCAGUCCAAAUCUGGGUCCAAGAAGAGCGGAUCCCGGUCUCGACCGAACAACUCGUCUUUGAAGCGGCGACGAGCUGAAGACGAGGAUGAUGGGUGCAUCGGUCCUGCAGACGCUAGGCCUUCUAGCUCGAAAAAGAGGAAACCGUCGGUCGGACCAGAGGAGCCGGUGCCUCCAAAUCUACCGACCAAGAAAACCAACUCCGCCCGGAGGCGGGGCCGCUCAUCCAAGCCAGCGAGUCAGUCGUCGACUGGAACGCGCCGAAGCACUCGACUGAAUGGCACAACCUCGAAGUAG